GAACCACCAGAUUUUCCAAAUUUGACCCCUGAAACCCUUUCUCGCCCCCGCCCCUCUCGCCGCACGGCGCUUCCGCCGACCGAUUCCCUCGCGGAAUCCAGGUGCGCCGCCUCCCCCUCCUCCGGGAGGCCUUCCUCUCCCCGGCCGCGCGGCGCGGCGCGUGGUGUCUUCCGCCGGUCGAUUCUCCCGCGGAGUUCAGAAUCUCGGGUUUCUCAAGAUACGUGGGCUUGGGACGGGUCGGGAACAUCAAGAAAUUCAGAUUCAGAAUGGACCUAAUACUUCCGUUUAAAGUUGGAGAUGCCGUAGAGACAAGAUCCUAUAAUGUUGGUUAUAGGGGUGCAUGGUUCCGUUGCAAGAUCACCGAUAUGUGUAUCAGGAGCGGUCACAUGGAGUGUCAGGUGGAGUGUAUAGACUAUCCAGAUGAAAGAAGGAAAUGGAAUAGACUCUUCAAAAUUCCCCCCAAAUGCCGUAAUCAGAAAGCAAGUCAGAAUAGGGAGAUCAUGCUACGACCUCCUUUUCCUCGGUGGUGUUGGGAGAAUGAUAUUGCUGAGCUUGGGCCACAAACGGAUGUUGUAGCAGUUGUAAGCAGUCCUUGGAAAGUAGGUGACUUGAUUGAUUGGUGGUACACUGAUUGUUUUUGGACUGGGAAAAUUACCGAGUUGAUGAGUGAUGACAAAGUUAAGUUGAUGAGUGAUGACAAAGUUAAGAUAAUUUGUCCUGAAAUACCAUUAGGUGAAGGUGGAUGUUGGGUUGCCGAUCCCAAAGACCUGAGGCCAGCGCUUGAUUGGUCCCUCGAAAAAGGUUGGAGUGCCCCUCUUUCACAGGAAAACGGCGAAUGCUGGCAUACUGCUCGUUUGAUUGCAGGGAACCAAGAUACAUUAAGUAGCAGCUCUGAUGAGGAGGACAUUGAGCAAUCUUGUGAUGGUAACAAGGUACUACAAAGAUGCUUGAAUGGAUCAUUUGAUUCAUUGGAGCAAGAAAUAGGAAAAUGCCUGAAUGGAGCAUCUGAUACACCAAAGGAGUUGGUCGAUCAAGAUGUAAAACAGCCAGCCAAUACAAAUGGCAGGUGCUGCCUGGAAAGUCAAACAGACAGUGAAGGGGAACCACAAAAAUGCAUGAAUGAAGAGCCUGGCGUGUCUCUGGAGGCCAUCUGUUCAAAAGUGCAACUCGCUCCCAAUGAAACUGGUGAAUGUUGCAUGAACAGCCAAGCAGACUGUCCGACGUCUCCUGUGGCCAAUUCAGGACAGUCUCCUCAGUUCAUUACCAAUGAGCAAUCAAGUACCCCCAAUUUCAAGAAACUCAAGACCUCAAGUGAGCCUGACGCUUCUCUCGAGGUCACCAAUACAAAAGUGCAACUCGCACCCAAUGAAAAUGGUGAAUGUUGCAUGAACAGCCAAGCAGACUGUCCGACGUCUCCUGUGGCCAAUUCAGGACAGUCUCCUCAGUUCCUUACCGAUGAGCAAUCAAGUCCCCCCAGUUUUAAGAAACUCAAGACCUCAAGUGAGCAUGCAUCAGUUAAGCCUACUGGCACCGUUAGCGAGGCCACGAUGAAACUGCGGGAACUAGUAAACAAAGUCAAGACCUCAAGUGAGCAUGUAUCAGUUAAGCCUACUGGCACCGUGAGCGAGGCCACGAUGAAACUGCAGGAACUAGUAAACAAAAUCAGACGGGCCCAAGCUCUCCUGCAGUCUGUUGACUAUGCUCCAUCAAGCAUAGUGCUGGCACCUUGGAAAUUUCAGGAAAAUAACCCAUGGCAGAAGCGUAACUGAAGUUACGUUUAUUCUGUGCCUGAAGAUAUAUAGCGGUAGUGCAGAUGGACUGAUCCUGACUCGGUUGUCCUGUUCGGACAGGGAGUGAUACCUGACCAUCUGUAGAUAGUGAUUCAGAAAGGCAACUGGUCAUUUCCAGUAUUGUAGCUAGCAGCUGUUGCAUCAUUUCAUCGUACAUAGCUCGGUGGUGUCGUUUGGUCAGUGUCUGUAUGCUCGUGCGCCUAUGAUUGUAAUCUGAUGUGCGCAGGGCCGUCUCAUGUCCAAGAAAGACCAUCUUUCUCUGCAUGAUCAGGUUAAGACACUAGGAACAGUCUAGUUUCUGUUACUGCUAUCUGCAAUUAAAUUUACUGUCAAUAAUCAAGAGUUCUGUUAUUGGUAA